CAAUGUCUUUUUAUUCAAAUCAUACAGCAAAAAUCAAUACUUAUAUCUCUCUCUUACCUUCAACUCACUGAACAAAACACCCACACAUAUUUACAGUAAAAAUCUAUGGCCUGGUAUUGGUUAGCUCUCUCUUUCGUCAUACUAUUCCUCUCCUUCCUCCAACAUCUGCUGAGGAAGACAGAUCUGCCGCCUGGACCGAUCGCGCUGCCUCUGAUAGGCCAUCUCCACCUGCUGGGGAAGAAUCUCUCCCGCGAUCUCCACCGCCUCGCCGCCAAACACGGCCCGAUCAUCUUCCUCCGCCUCGGCACCAUCCCCGCCGUCGUCGUCUCGUCCGCCGCCGGCGCCGAGCUCGUCCUCAAGACGCACGAUCUCGCCUUCGCCGGCAGGACUCACCACCAGGCCGCCCGCUACAUCGGAUACGACCAGAGGAAUAUCCUCUUCGCCCCCUACGGCGCCUACUGGCGCAACAUGCGCCGAUUGUGCACCGUGGAAUUGCUCAGCAGCGCCAAAAUCAACGAGUUCCGGCCGAUCAGGAGGGCGGGGAUGGGGGAGAUGGUUGGAUCGCUGCGGCGGGAUGCGGAGAGAGGGGAAAUUGUGGACCUCACCGCCAGGGUUUCCGGUGUUUUGGGGGAUAUGAACUGUUUGAUGGUGUUUGGGCGGAAGUAUGUGGAUAGGGAUUUGGAUGAGAAAUUAGGGUUUAAAGCUGUGAUUGAUGAGACGCUGCAGGUGGCUGCGAUCCCCAAUUUGGGGGAUUUUUUCCCCUUCAUAGCGGCGCUUGAUGUGCAGGGAUUAGAUCGUCGGAUGAAAAAAUUGAGCAGUAUUUUCGAUGCAUUUCUGGAUAAAAUUAUCGAUGAUCAUCUUCAGCGAAAGCUGGAGAAGACGCACAAUCACGACUUCGUCGACACGAUGCUAGCCGUUAUGGACUCCGGAGAAGCCGGAUUCGAAUUCGAUCGCCGCCAUGUCAAAGCUGUUCUGUUGGAUAUUCUUAUAGGAGGAAUGGAUACGACCUUAUCGACGGUGGAGUGGGCGAUCUCAGAGCUGAUUCGUCACCCCAAAGUGACGAAGAAGCUUCAAAACGAAUUGGAGAGGAUUGUGAGCUUGGACCAAAUGGUAGACGAAUCCCAUCUAGACAAACUCGAAUACUUGGAUUUGGUUAUCAAGGAAACCCUGAGGCUCCACCCACCUGGCCGACUACUCGUCCACGAAUCCAUGGAAAAUUGCACGGUCAACGGGUUUCACAUACCCAAAGGAACGUGGACCUUUGUGAACAUCUGGACUAUUGGAAGAGACCCUAACUUCUGGCACGAACCUGAUGAAUUCGUGCCUGAGAGGUUUGUUGGGGAAAAUGUUGACCUCCUCGGGCAGCAUUUUCAGCUCAUACCCUUCGGGUCGGGUAGAAGAAGCUGUCCGGGACAGCAGCUAGGGCUCACGUUGGUCAAACUGGUCGUGGCACAAUUGGUGCAUUGCUUCGAUUGGGAGCUCCCCGAUGGUGUCGAGCCUCGGGAUUUGGACAUGACAGAACACUUUGGAAUAGUGACUAGUAGAGAUAAGCACCUCAUGGCUAUUCCAUCAUAUAGAUUGUAUAAAUGAAUUUGUAUCAAUAGAAGUUAAUUGUAUAAAUGAAUUUAAUUUUGAUUUUUGUACAGUUUGUUGUAUUAAUAAAUGAGGAAAUGGUUGAUUACUGUA